CGAGGCCGGAGAUUCAACCUUACCUUAGCUGGGUGGCCUAUCACGACAAUCCAAUUCGACCAGGGAAAACUCUGCUAACCCGUCGGAUCUUCGGCUGAUUGUUGGGGCGCCCGUGAGAUAUAUUGUGCGCUCGCUCCUGCUCUUCUCUUCUUCACAGAGGAGGCCUUGCUCGCUGAUACCUUUGCUGAGCUUGCUCGACCCCGACACCACCUCAACCAUAUCGUCUGGUCGCGUGGAGCCUUCUCUGUGCAUGCCCGCCUUAUAAUACCCCAUCGACCCCUAUUAGCAUCCUUUUAAUAUCGACAACAUGGCGCCCACCGACGAUGUCGAGCGCGGGCGACGUGCCAGCUCGGCCGCAGAGCGUCAAAAGUCCAUCGUCAGCAUGACCGAGUUCGAGGGCAUGGACGAGUACACCGCCCUGCAGAAGUACAUUCUGUUCUACCGCGACGCGAGAGUCAACCCUCACGCUGAGCCAUCGGCGAAGAAGAAGGCCUUCUGGCAGUUCUGGAAAUCCGGUUCUGCAACUGCUUCUUCCGUCCCGAUUGAGAGCGCUGCCGAAGUUCCUGACGAGUAUGUCAACACUGAGCUUCGCACUGGUCUCAGCUCCCACGAAGUCGAAACCCGCCGCAAGCGCUAUGGAAGCAACGAAAUCUCUAGCGAGAAGACCAACUUGCUCAAACAGUUUCUCGGCUACUUCACCGGUCCCGUCCUCUAUGUCAUGGAAAUUGCUGCCCUUCUCGCCGCCGGUCUUCAGGAUUGGGUCGAUUUCGGUGUCAUCUGCGGUAUCUUGCUGCUCAACGCCCUCGUCGGUUGGUACCAGGAGAAGCAAGCUGCCGAUGUCGUCGCCAGUUUGAAGGGUGACAUCGCCAUGAAGGCGACCGUCGUCCGUGACAACCAGCAACAAACCAUUCUCGCCCGUGAGCUCGUCCCCGGUGACAUCGUCGUCAUUGAGGAAGGUCAGACCGUGCCCGGAGAUGUCCGUAUUAUCUGCGACUACGAUCACCCUGAGGACUUCGAACUGUACCUGAAGCUCAAGGCCGAAGACAAGUUCCAUGAUGCCGACCCUGAUGACGAGAAGGACGACGACGCGGAUGAGGAGAAGUUCGAUGAGGAGAACCCAAUCACCCAAGGUCACUCCCUUGUUGCUACCGAUCAAUCUGCCAUCACCGGUGAAUCCCUUGCCGUCGAGAAGUACAUGGGAGAAAUUGCCUACUACACCACUGGUUGCAAGCGCGGCAAGGCCUACGGUAUCAUCGUCGCCACGGCUAAGCACUCCUUCGUCGGUCGCACUGCUACCCUCGUUCAGGGCGCUAAGGACCAAGGUCAUUUCAAGGCUAUCAUGAACUCCAUCGGUACAGCGCUUCUCGUCUUGGUCAUGUUCUUCAUCCUCCUCGCCUGGAUCGGUGGUUUCUUCCGUAACAUUCCUAUCGCCACUGCCCGCGAGGGAACUGACAAGUCGGUCACUCUUCUCCACUACGCUUUGAUCAUGUUCAUUGUUGGUGUUCCCGUCGGUCUGCCCGUUGUCACCACCACCACCCUCGCCGUCGGUGCCGCCUACCUCGCUGAGCAGAAGGCUAUCGUCCAGAAGCUCACCGCCAUCGAGUCCCUCGCUGGUGUCGAUGUUCUCUGCUCUGACAAGACCGGUACUCUCACUGCUAACCAGCUUUCUCUCCGCGAGCCCUACGUCGCUGAGGGACAGGAUGUCAACUGGAUGAUGGCCGUCGCUGCUCUCGCCUCUUCGCACAAUCUCAAGUCUCUCGACCCCAUCGACAAGGUUACCAUCUUGACCAUCAGGCGUUACCCCAAGGCCCGUGAGAUUCUCAACAUGGGCUGGAAGACCGAGAAGUUCACACCUUUCGACCCCGUUUCCAAGCGUAUCACUGCUGUUUGCCACAUGGGCGGCGACAAGUACGUCUGUGCUAAGGGUGCCCCCAAGGCUAUUGUCAACCUCGCCAACUGCGAUGAGAUCACUGCUACCCUCUACAAGGAGAAGGCCGCCGAGUUCGCUCGUCGUGGUUUCCGAUCCCUCGGUGUUGCUUACCAGAAGAACGACGGUGACUGGAUCCUUCUCGGUCUCCUUUCCAUGUUCGACCCCCCUCGUGAGGAUACCGCCCAGACUAUCAUUGAGGCUCAGCAGCUCGGUGUUCCCGUCAAGAUGUUGACUGGUGACGCUAUUGCUAUCGCCAAGGAGACUUGCAAGAUGCUGGCUCUCGGAACCAAGGUCUACAACUCUACCAAGCUUAUCCACGGUGGUCUUACCGGUACUACUCAGCACGAUCUCGUUGAGCGCGCUGAUGGUUUCGCUGAAGUCUUCCCCGAGCACAAGUACCAGGUCGUCGAAAUGCUGCAACAGCGUGGUCACUUGACUGCCAUGACUGGUGAUGGUGUCAACGAUGCUCCUUCCCUCAAGAAGUCCGAUUGCGGUAUCGCUGUCGAAGGUUCCACUGAGGCUGCUCAGGCUGCCGCCGAUAUCGUCUUCCUUGCCCCUGGUCUGUCCACGAUCGUCUUGGCCAUCAAGACUGCUCGCCAGAUUUUCCAGCGUAUGAAGGCGUACAUCCAGUACCGUAUCGCCCUUUGCUUGCACUUGGAGGUUUACCUUGUUACCACCAUGAUCAUCCUUAACGAGACUAUCCGCGCUGAGCUCAUUGUCUUCUUGGCUUUGUUCGCUGAUUUGGCCACCGUCGCUGUCGCUUACGACAACGCUCAUUCUGAGCAACGUCCUGUCGAGUGGCAACUGCCCAAGAUUUGGUUCAUCUCUGUCAUCCUCGGUCUCUUGCUCGCUCUCGGUACAUGGGUUAUCCGUGGUACUCUCUUCCUGCCCAACGGUGGUGUCAUCCAGAACUUCGGUGCUAUCCAGCCCAUUCUCUUCCUUGAGGUCGCUCUUACCGAGAACUGGCUCAUCUUUGUCACCCGUGGUGGCAAGACUCUGCCGUCUUUCCAGCUUGUCGCUGCUAUUCUCGGUGUCGACGCCCUUGCUACCAUCUUCUGCGUCUUCGGCUGGAUGUCCGGUGCACCUUACCAGACCAACCCCCCUACCCACGGUAACUUCCGUGAGGAUGGAUGGGUUGACAUUGUCACCGUCGUUGUCAUCUGGGCCUACUCCAUUGGUGUCACAAUCAUCAUCGCCAUCGUCUACUACGGUCUUAACCAGAUCCCAUGGCUCGACAGCCUCGGUCGCAAGGACCGUAACCGCAAGAACCCCGCCAUCGAGAACAUGAUCGCUGCUCUCAGCAAGCUUUCGCUCGAGCACGGUACCGACAAGCACACUGGUACCACACGGUACGUUAUUGCUCCUCGCGCCAUCGAGGAUGAUGAUGAGGAUUAAGCGUGUACUAUGGGCGUUUGCAUAGGGGAUUUCUUAAGGGAAUGUGUGGUUGUAUAUCUGUGAACGGCUUG